AUGACUGCGAAGAUGCCAAAGUCUCGUGUCCAAAUAAAGACGCUCCCCGUUUACUGUAAGAGUGAGGAGGUUCAAAGUGUCAAAGUUCUCCAUCGCAUUUUUUGGAGCUUCUAUCCGUGUAUAGUAGCAUUCAGACACUGCAAGCCACUAGUGCAGGUUGAUGGCACACACCUGUACGGAAAAUAUAAAAGUGCACUUCUAGUUGCCGUUGCACAAGAUGAGAACCAAAACAUUGUGUCCAUUGCAUUUGCAAUAGCCGAAGGUGAGACGACAGACGCGUGGGAGUUUUUUCUAACCAAUUUGCGGAGAUAUGUUGUUACCAUUAAUGGUGUGGGCAUUAUUUCUGACCACGAUAACUCCAUUGACGCAGCAAUAGCUCGCAGUAACGGUGCAUCGUCACCACCAAGAGCGUGGCACAUGUUCUGCAUCAGGAAUAUCGGGUCCAACUUCUUAAAGAGGUUCAAGGCUCCGUAUUUGCAUAAACUCGCAGUUAAUACGGGCUAUUCUAGGACAGAACAUGAGUACAACAAAAACUACCAAUGGCUUAAAGAGUGGGGUGAGGCAUAUACUCAAUGGUGUGAUGAGAUCGGUGUUCAGAGACGGGUGUUGGCAUUCGACGGGGGUCAUCGUUGGAGACAUAUGACGACAAACUUGGUAGAGUGCAUAAAUUCUAUCCUGAAGGGUGCACGCAAUCUCCCUGUGACUGCCAUUGUUAGGUCUACUUUCUAUCGCCUAAAUGAAUUGUUUACCCGGAAGAGCGCCGAGGCUCAUGAGCGUAUCCGCAAUGAAUUCACGUAUUCAGAAUUUGCUACCAAACGAGUUGAAGAAAGCUUUCGACGUGCAGGAAACAUUGUCAUCAAUCGGUUCGACAGGCGCAACGAGAUGUUUGAGGUUCACAAAAUGCAAGAUGGUUCUAUUUACACUGUCAACCUUGCACAACGACACUGCGACUGUGGCCAUUUCCAGGUCGAGCGACUCCCGACUCCCAUGUCGUCAUGUUCUUGCAUGUUGCACUAA